AUGAUAGGAUUGGAAAUGAAAAGGACUGUAAAAGCGAAUGGGAAUGAGAUUGGACAGAGUAUUUCGUUGAUUUCGGGUUUUGCACAACAACAAGAAAUAUUCGUGCCAACGUUGACAGUCGAUGAGUAUUUGAUGAUUCAGGCGAAACUACGAAUGCAAGAGAGCCAAGCGAUUCGUCGGGAGCGUGUUGACGAGAUAAUUGAAAUGCUCGGGCUCAAUAAGCGUCGAGAUUCGAAAAUUGGGAAUCCUGGCUUAGUGAAAGGGAUUUCUGGUGGUGAAGCACGUCGUCUGACGUUCGCAUGUGAACUUCUCUCGAAUCCAUCUCUAAUGUUCGCAGAUGAACCAACAUCUGGUUUAGACUCUUUUAUGGCUGCCAGUGUUGUUCAGAUUAUGAGAAAUUUGGCGAAUUCCGGAAGAACUUUGAUUGCAAUCAUUCAUCAACCGACUGCAGAUUUGUGUCCUGAUUUCAGUGCUAGUCGAACAAUCCGCCACGUCGCCUUCGCAGUUCCAGCAUCUGGCUUGUUUGCCUUGUUGAGUGGAUUAUAUGGAAACACUAGCAACUUUCCAGUCUACAUUCGAUGGAUGCAAUGGACCUAG